AUGGCUCGUGUAACGGUCACAACAACUGCAGACGAGGCCGCCCGACCACCCGAAGCCUCUCCACCGCCACCACCAUCCCGGCCACCACUCCUAUCGAUGGCUCGACUAGCGAUGAUUGUUCGGAUCAUCACAUUAAUUUCCCUCAUAUUUUCAAUCAGCCUCAUAAGUUCCAAUUCCACCACCAUCACACUCAACAACUCCACCUUCCUUUUCAACCUCAACGACGUCUACGCCUACAAGUAUGCACUGAGCACUGCCGUCACAGCAUCGUCCUACACCAUUUAUCGCCUGCGUUAUUCAUUCAAGCAACUCAAAUCAGGCACAUUCCAUGUCACCAAUCCCAAAAAUCUCUUCUACGAGUUUCUUUCUGAUAAGGCGAUUGUGACAAUAGUAGCAACGGGUGUGGGUGCUGCAUUUGCUGCGACGGUAGAGCUGAAGACGAAGGUUCAUGAAAUGGAGGAUAUACUUGAAGUGUAUCUAGACAACACCUCAUUUGCCUCAAACGUCCCCAAAUUCGAUUAUUUUUUUAACAAGGCUUAUUUUCCGAAUAUAUUCCUCCUCAUUGCUCUUUUCACCUGUGGAAUUUCAUCAUCUCUUUCAUCCUUGGCUCUUAUGAACAAGACCACUUAG